CUUGGCAGGUGAAGUAGGUUCUGGUCCGUGACUUUUCAAUCACAGACUUGCAUUUCAGUUGAACGACAUGAGUGCGAGCUGAAACGGUGGGUGAGAGAUUUGGGCGAUUCAAUAGUCAGACUCAAGUCUAUUUCUUCGGCUCUUCCCCUUCAGCCACUCAAAAUAAUUAUUUCCUUUUACCCUUAGCGGCGCAAUGGCAGCUUUGGGGAGUACGACGUCGGGUGAUAGGACUCAACCGGAGUUAGUCAUUAGAAAUCUACCGCGGAGAACCAAGUCCAAAAGCCUAAAAUCCGAGAUGGAACGACAUGGCGUCAAGGUUUUGCGUUGCCAGAUCAAGAAACCAAAGAGUAAACGUCCGUAUGCCUUCGUGCGGGUCGCUAGCCGUGCAGAUUGUGAUCGAGCUCUGGGACUCAAUUGCUCUAUGAUGCUCGGCGAUCGCCUGCUGAAAGUGGAUAAAUCAGUGCGUGGAGGGCAGAAAGUUAUAACAGAGCCGAUCGACUUGGAAAUCCACCGUCUGCAGUCGUUCUCAAUCGGUGUGUUCUUCCUGAAGCAAAGCAUGUUCCUGCAGCGAUGGUCUUCACUGGAUGGCAACACUAGCAUUUCAGGAGAUAUCAAGUGCACUGUGAACUUCAGGAAAGGGGAGAUUCACCUGUGCUUCAUGACUGACGAGCACGAGUACAAAGUCCAGUUCUUCUUCAAGGACAUGCAGUAUUUCCUGGAUCUGAGGGUUGAUGACUUACCCAGUGAUGCUGCAGCUGCGUCCUCUCGCUGUGCAUCGCAUGGUCUUGUUCUGGCCUUCUGGAAUGCACCGCUGGUGUUCAGAAAGGACAGGGAUAUACCCAGGCGGCAGACUGCAGCCAGUGACCUUGCUACCCGGUUGAUUAUGGAGAAUGCUUUUGGAUUUCUUGAUGGCGAUGAGGAGGACGACGACGACGAUGAUUCCUUUGGGCUUCAUAGCACUGUGAUGGAGCAUAGUUUUUUAGAAUUUCUAAACAUGUUGGAGUUUGAUGCUGAUGAUGGGGAGGAUAUGUACCACGAAGACUACUUCUUUCUAGCUGGAGAUGUGGAAGAGGAGCGAGACUGGCGUCGUACAACUGGGAUGUUUACCCAAGACCCGAACAUCCAAGGCCAAUACUUCCAUUACCUGCUGACGCCACAAUGUGAAGAAGAGUUUGAUGCUAUCAUCAAGCGCAUGAGGAAGAACUACGAUGGUUACGAGCACUACGAUGAGCUAGCUCGUAUCCGACGGCUUAAUUCCAUUGAUCUCCUGAGCCGUAGCCAAUAUGCAACGCUUGCCAGGAGAGUUCCAUUUCAGCUCAUGUUUCUUGUCGAGGUAAUGGUGAGUGAUGGUCUGCUGUACCGAGAGCUAAUGUCGGAGCUGUUCUUUGAACUACUCGAGCAGCCCAAUGCCUAUCGCUGCCUGCGUCACUAUCAACAGAGCUACUGCUACUACCUGGAUCAGAAUGGCGAGGUCAUGGAGGAUCCUGCUGAGGACUUUCUCAAAUCAAUAGAUCUUAUUCACGAGGGUGGCAAUGUGGGCAAUUCACCACAGGACGACUUCGCGGUGGAUUGCUCGACGGACGAUCACGUCAUGGUUCACCAUGCCACCAUUACACCACUGCUCAUCUACUGCUAUGGCCCAUACCUGGACACACCGAACCGUGUGCUAAGGCACUACAAGCAUCUGUCAGAUCGCUUCCUGCGUGUGAACUUUGCCGAUGAACACCGUGAAAAGCUGAACGUGGGCAAAGCCAGCCGACCACUUACAGAGAUUACUGACUUCAUCAGGAAGACGCUCAGUGAAGGCAUCGAUGUUGCGGGUCGGCACUACGACUUUCUGGCCAUGUCCAACAGUCAGCUGAGGGAGAACAGUUGCUGGUUCUUCUCGUCUGACACGGAAGCACGACGACCGUCUGUCACAGCUGCUGACAUCCGGAACUGGAUGGGGGACUUCUCCACCAUCAAGAAUGUUGCCAAGUACGCUGCGCGCAUGGGCCAAUGUUUCUCCUGCACGAGCACCUCAGGCAAACUCACCAUCGACGGAUCAGAGUUUAAGGAAGUACCGGACGUGAAGACUAGGGAUGGAAAAUACACAUUCUCGGAUGGCAUCGGCAUGAUUUCUCCAUCUCCGUCGUCUAGGGCCCGACGUUAAAUCCUAAAUUGGUGACCCCGACGUGAGCCGGAGAGCAGAGCGGAGUAUUUUCGUCGUCCCUGAUGUCCACUGCCCCAUCCUAGAUGCCGACUUUCCGGUCCACUUCGGUCUCUCCGUUGACGUCCGCAAUGCUCAGCUCCUGACUGAUUGCACAGGAUUGUCUGUCUCUGCUAAUCACGUUGCCACCCCAGUAGUUCGCUCUGCACCAGCCAAUCUACUCGUCACAGCAUCCCCAAUCAGUACUCCGCUCUGCUCUCCGGCUACCCUGACUUGGUUUGACCGACUAUGCCAACUCGCCUGUCAAGCAUACCGUCCUGCACCGCAUCGUCACUACCGGCCACCCUGUCCGACUUUCCUGCCCACUUCGGUCUCUUCGUUGACGACCACAAUGCUCAGCUCCUGGACCGACUAUUGCCAACUCGCCUGUCAAGCAUGCCGUACUACACAGCAUCGUCACUACCGGCCACCCCGUCCACGCUCUGACACGUCCUCUCGCCCCCGACUGACUCGGCAUCGCCAGAAAGGAGUUCCAGCACAUGUUUGAGCUCGGCAUCAUCCAGCCAUCCUCCAGCUGCUGGGCAUCACCCCUCCGUAUGGUACCCAAGAAGUCCGGCAACUGGCACCCCUGUGGACAUCGCCUCCUGAAUACCUCUACCAUACCUGACCGCUAUCCAACUCCACACUUGCAGGAUUUCACGGCUCGCCUCCAUGGCACCACCGUCUUCAGCAAGAUCGACCUCGUCCGCGCAUACCACCAAAACUGGUCCACCAUGAUGACAUCGCUAAGAUGGCUGUCAUUACGCCGUUCGGCCUGUUUGAGUUUGUCCGUAUGCCCUUCGGUCUGCGCAACACCGCCCAGACCUUCCAACGCUUUAUGAACCAGGUACUCAUUGGUCUUCCGUUUUGCUUCUUCAACCUGCACGACCUCCUGAUCGCCAGCGCUACGCCGGAGGAACACGAAGAUCAUCUCCGUCAAGUCUUCCAGCGUUUGGUCGACUUUGGUCUCGUCAUCAAUGUUCAGAAGUCUGUCAGUUCCCUCCCUCGACUUCCUGGGGUAUCAUGUCAACUCUACUGGCAUCCUGCCCAUUGGCUGCUCGUGUGGAAGUGAUCCGUGCUUUCCGACAGCCCACCUCCAUCCGCAAACUGCAUGAGUUCAUUGGCAUGGUCGCCUUCUACCACCGGUUCCAGCAUCAGCUCACUGCCAAACUCGCCCCGCUUCACGCCCUCCUAGCUGGUCGACAGAAGAAAGCAGGUCCGUUACCCUGGACUGAGGAUGCUGUCACCGCAUUCAACACUGUCAAGAACGCAUUCUCCGAGUUAGUCGCCAUGCACCAUGUCAACCCGUCGGCUGAAGUUCGCCUAGUGACCGACGCCUCUGACUGUGCCGUUGACGCAGUCCUGCAGCAACGCGACGCUGGUGACAGGCUCCCCAUAGCCUUCUUCUCACGGAAGCUUAAACCCGCUGAGACGCGGUACAGCACGUUUUUUCCGUGAGUUACUCGCUAUCUACCUUGCCGUGAAACACUUUCGCCAUAGCCUGGAGGGUCGACAGUUCCACAAGCCCAUUACUCAUGCCAUCAGCUGACAUUCUCAAAACCAUGGCCCUCGUCAACUUCGACACCUCAGCUUUAUCUCUGAGUUCACGACUGACAUUCGCUAUGUACCUGGUAUCGAGAAUGCUGUCGCCAACGCUCUCUCUCGUCGUGAUCAGGCCGAUGUUACCAUCGCUAGCGUCGACACUCUUGACCUAGCUCAGCUAGCAACUGCUCAACACGACGAU